AUGACUACCCCCUUUAAACCGAAGCAAUGCCUGACUCUCUCGGCGGCUGCCAUGGCUGAAAUGCAAGGCGACGGAAGUCAACAGGCCAUCAAAUACUUCCUCAAGCUCACUCCGCUGUUAACGUCCGCCUCCAUCGUCCAUGACAACGCGUGUGGUGCAGGUGCUGUUACAGAACUCAUCAUGACAUCGGAACCCCCGCCACCGUCUGGACUCCGCAUCCAUGCGACAGACAUAAACGAAAGAUUUGUUGCGGACACCAAAGCCUUGGUAGAAAGCAAAGGAUGGCCUGUCACCGCCCAGGUCAUGAAUGCAAAGAAGCUGUCAUUCGAGGACAACUACUUCAGCCACUCGUUCACAGCUUUUGCGUUCCAUUGCAUGCCGGGCGCUGAGCAUGCCGCUAUGGAGCUAUAUAGAACGCUUCAACCUGGAGGGACUGCAGUUGCGGCGAUAUGGACUAGCCUUCCUUUCGUCACCGUCUUCCAACAAGCGCACUGGGCGACUCGCGGCCGCCAAGCGCCACUGCCAUCGCUCCUUCAGGGCGUGGAAGAUGUCAACGAUCAAGAAUUCGUCAAGUUGCUCGAAGCUGGUGGCUUCAAGGAUGUACAGACGCAUGAGAUCGUGGCCAAAACCAGAAUCUCCACGGAUCUGGAGCGUUGGGCGAAUCUGGUAUGGAGCUAUCUUGGAAGAAGACCGAGAGAGGAUGAGUGGACGGUCGAGGACGAGAAGAAAUGGGAAGAGGCGAUUAAGAUAGCUGUAGAGGAGAUGCACAAAAAAGGCAGGAUGGAGGUGGGAGAGGAUGGGGCGCUGUAUAUCAGGUUCGUGGGAUGUGUGGCUGUUAUGAGAAAGUGAAUUCAGCACUACUUAUCUGUGUCCGAAGCACCUUGUUGUUUAGAGUUCUUGAUCGCCGUUGGGCUGUUAGAG